AUGACCCCUUGGCCCCUAAAAGACCUGUGUCUGGGGUCCCAAACAGCUUUGUACCCAAGCUCCUGCCUCUUACCCAGCCCCUACCCCUUGACAGGCACCAGGAUCAUCUACGACCGAAAGUUCCUGCUGGAGUGCAAGAACUCGCCCACUGCCCAGAGGCCUCCCUGCUGCCUCCCCCAGACUCCCGGGGUCACAGCGCCUCCAACAGCCCCACCCCCCAAGCUAGAGGAGCUGACGGAGCAGAAGGAGACAGAGGAAGAGAUACCCGAUGAUGCACAGUUUGAAAUGGACAUCUAAUCCAGUGCAGAUGACCAUAUGUGGAAUGAGAGGAAUCCAUCACGCUGCUGCUGCUACCUCCUUUCUCUGGGGUAUCCAAAGGCCUACUGGCCUCAUCUAAUCCGGAAGGGGGUGAUAUGUUGGUUCUGGGCCUCCAUGUUGGGUCUGAGGCAGCUAGACCAGGGAUAGGAGUGGGCAACUUGCCAAGUCCUUAGCUCUACUUUCUCUUUGGUCUGUAGGCACUCCUCCCAACCCCUGGCACUUGGCUCCAGCUGAGGCUGGGCCGGGGGAAUGGAGAAUGUCACUUUCUGACUGCUUAGUAAACAUUCAAAGAAAUGCCUUG